AUGGUUAAGAUUACCGGCUUCAGCACCCGGGACGUGAGGUUUCCUACCUCUCUCGACAAGACAGGCUCAGAUGCCAUGAAUGCAGCUGGCGACUACUCUUCCGCCUACUGUAUCAUCACUACAGACUCGGAGCACUCCGGACAUGGCAUGACCUUCACAAUUGGCCGCGGCAACGAAAUCGUCUGCGCAGCCAUCUCUCUCCUAGCCCCCAUGGUCGUAGGCAAAGACCUCUCUGACCUAACAGCCGACUGGGGCAAGACCUGGCGAUACCUGGUAUCCGACAGCCAAUUGCGCUGGAUCGGACCCGAGAAGGGUGUCAUUCACCUUGCCCUUGGCGCAGUCGUCAACGCCCUCUGGGAUCUCUGGGCCAAGACCCUGAACAAGCCCGUCUGGCGCAUCGUCGCGGAUAUGACUCCCGAGGAAUUCGUGCGUUGCAUUGACUUCCGCUACAUCACCGAUGCUAUCACACCGGAAGAAGCUAUCCGCUUGCUGCAGGAGGUCGAGCCUGGUAAGCAGGAGCGCAUCAAGGAGGCUGAGGCUUCCAGGGCUGUGCCGGCCUACACUACUUCUGCUGGUUGGUUGGGGUAUAGUAAGGAGAAGCUUAAGCUUUUGCUUACCGAGAGUGUUGAGCAGGGGUAUAAGCACUUCAAGUUGAAGGUUGGAGGUGAUCUUGAGGAUGAUAAAAUGCGGUUGGCUAUUGCUCGUGAGGCUAUUGGGUAUGAUAAAGGGAAUAUCCUUAUGGUUGAUGCUAACCAGGUCUGGUCCGUCCCCGAAGCCAUCACCUGGAUGCAAGAACUAGCCGAAUACAAGCCGUGGUUCAUCGAAGAGCCCACCUCCCCCGAUGACAUCCUCGGCCACGCCGCAAUCCGCAAAGCCCUCUCCAACACACCCCACGGCCCCGUCGGCGUCGCCACAGGCGAGAUGUGCCAGAACCGUGUGAUCUUCAAGCAACUCCUCCAAGCUGGCGCCCUGACAGUCUUGCAGCCAGACGCCUGCCGCGUCGGCGGCGUGAAUGAAGUCCUCGCCAUCCUCCUCCUAGCACGCAAGUUCGGCGUGCCUAUCGUGCCGCACUCUGGUGGUGUUGGUCUGCCUGAGUACACUCAGCACUUGAGCACAAUUGACUAUGUUGUCGUUACGGGCAAGAAGAGUGUGCUUGAGUAUGUUGAUCACUUACACGAGCACUUUGUUCACCCUUCUAGUGUCCUCGAUGGGUACUAUGUUACUCCUAUGGAGCCUGGGUACAGUGUUGAGAUGAAGGCUGAUAGUAUGGAUGCCUUUGAGUUCCCUGGACAGGAGGGCAAGAGUUGGUGGAGGUCUGAGGAGGCCAAGAGCAUUAUUGAUGGGCCCCGCGUUGUAUAG